CACAGAAAAACAAUGCCAUGAUAAUGAAUGUCUGUAUGAAUAUUAUAUUUAGGGUUUAAAAUGUAAAUGGAUACAAUUGUUGUCCUAUCAGUGUUACUGUACAUAAUACUACUUCUUCGGACCGUUCUUUCAGAGAAGAGUAGAUUCAGACAUAUACGAUCUUUGACGUUGGCCUUGUCAACAGACGAGUCUUCCUUGCUGCCAAUCAGACACGUUAGCUUAUCUUCUGCCUUCUACACGAACGCUUACCGGUUCAACAUAAACCAUGAAGAAAUAAACCAUGAAUAAAACAACGAGCUGCUGAGGAUCACGUUUGCGAUGUGACAAGACCGUCAACGCGUUUGAACGGGUUGACGUGCAGCGACGGAGUUUUUUUUUCAAUGACACACACAUGGAGAAAUAAAGGCGACGGAUGGAAAGCCAGCGGAGGGGCUCUGGAAAUGAUGAUGGCGGAGGGCGAGGCCUGCUCCACAUCUGGAAGGGCUACUCUUAUAGUGUGGCCCCCGAGAAACUGCUUCUUCCCCAUUCUGUUCUCCAGGUCGCUCUGGGUAGAAAUCAUGGAGCUUUACUGGUGGAAGGUGGUCAGGUGUUUACUUUUGGGCACUGUCCAUGGAAGCAAAGUCAAGUGGCACAGUUUCUGGCGCCCACUUUGGAGAGUGCACUCAGUGGGCAGCGAGUUAUCGCCGUGGCUGCCGGAAGCUUCCAUAGUGGGGCAGUGACAGAGGAUGGCGGCGUCCACAUGUGGGGCGACAACACUGACGGACAGUGUGGUUUGUCGGGGCUCAGCCUUGUCCCCAACCCAACUCCAAUUGCGUUGGCAGACUCUGACUCCUCUUUGUCGACGGUACCUGUAAAGGAGCUCGCCUGUGGGGAGCAGCACACCUUGGCACUCUCUGUCCAGCACGAAGUGUGGGCUUGGGGCAGCGGUUGCCAGCUGGGCCUCAGCGCCACAGUCUUUCCUGUCUCAAAACCACAAAAGGUUGAGCUCCUAGCAGGGAGGUGUGUACUUCAAGUGGCCUGUGGGGCUAAGCACAGCCUGGCUCUCGUGCGCUGUCUGGGCCCCCAGGACACCCAACGGCCCCCUGCAGACAAAUGCGGGCAGUGUAAACAGCUGUUAUACACCAUGAUGGACAAAGAGGAUCACGUCAUCAUCUCUGACAGUCACCAAUGCCUACCUUACUUAGAGCAGCCUGAGGACGAUGAGAAGCUGAAAACACCUUCUACAAAUUCCACGCUUAAGUUGUCUCCAUCAGAGCCUGCCCUUUCUUCCAAAACCUCUACGCCACCUCCUCAAUCGGUGUCUCCGGUACCUGUAAAUAACAGUGACCCCACACAAUUUGAAAAUGUCGAGACUCAAGAGUCAUCGCUGGCUGCGCAGGAACUGCCUGCUUCAGACUUUGACCUCUCGGAUACGAAGUCUAGCGGGGCCCCAAGUGCCAAAUCUUCACCUUAUCCAGAUGAGCAGGCGGUCAAAGAGUACCUGAAGAAGCUCUCAGAUAGCACUCAGGCAGAAAAAACACCAAAGGUGACAAUUGGAGGACUGCACACCCUUCUGCCCUCAGCAGCCGGGCUCAUCAGCGCCUCCUCCAACAAUCCCCUCAACAACCUGGUUGCCUCAUGCGCUUCAGCUGUUGGUGAAAGGGUUGCCUCCACCUAUGAGGCGUUGUCCCUCAAAAAAAUGAUGAACAUGUACCUACCCACUGGAGCAUUGAGAUCAGCCGGGCCAGUAAGGCAAAUGGCGGCUGAUCCCAGAGCGGGUGAGAACACCACUGAACCUGUCCGAGAGGAAGACUCUGUACAGGCUAAAAAGAGUUGCAGUACUGGCGACAUCCAUGAGGAGGAGGCGGAACGCCUGCAUCGUCGCCUGUCGCUCCCGGGACUCCUCUCACAGGGUAGAUACGCUGUUCAUCUCUUAUCCUCCUCCUAUGGGCUGCUGUUGUCCCCACGACUGCUACGUAAGGGUGGGCGUUCGAAGACGGACGCUGCAUCCUUCACGUCAUCCGGAAUGGCGGCCCCAGCGGAUCGAGAAGUGCUGCCCUGCCUGCAAACAGAGGUGUGGAGCUGGGGUCAUGGCGAACAUGGUCAACUAGGCCAUGGCGACAAUCUAGACAGAUUACAGCCACUCUGCAUCAAAAGUUUGAAUAGUAAGGAGGUGGUGCGCGUGGGCGCCGGCUCUCAUCAUUCCGUUGCGCUCACUGCCCAGUCGCAGUUAUUUUCAUGGGGAAGUAAUAGCCACGGUCAGUUGGGCCACAUGGAGUCUCCCAGCACAGUCCCUCGCCUCGCCAAGCUGUCGGAGGGAAUACGGGUGUGGGAUGUGAGCGCCGGUGAGCGUCACACUCUACUGCUUGCUGAUGGAGACUGUAUCCAGCCCAUCAUUUAUUAUAGUGGAGAGCAAGUGAAAGAAGGCACCCGAGAUCAUAACAAACAGGAAGAGGGAGAGGAGAAGGACUCAUUUGACGGCUACACACAGCAGCCUGUUCUGCUUCCCUUCUGCAUGAAUUUAGGAUUUGUGAGCAGCGUGUUUGCCGGUGGCCAGCAGUGUAUGGCACUCUCAGACAAGAAUGUGAUGGGCUUCAUCGCCAGCCUCCAUGAGCUGGCGUCCGCUGAGAGGAAAUUCUACAGCAAACUGUGUAGCAUUAAGACACAUGUCAUAAGCCCCUUGCUGGGUCUUGACUCUCUGAGUACCACCCUUGGCCCAGUGAUCUUCAGGCUCACCAGGACUCUUGCCAGUCAAUUUGGGCACUUAUGCCAUCUGACUGGGCAGCAUGCGGUCAGUCUCACCGUCAACCUUCGGCGCAGCCGCAGUAUUAAAAGUCUGUUUAUCCUCGACCACACUGAAAUCUUCCUGGACUCCUACAAUGAAUACAGCUCCACUUUGGAUGAAUUCCAUGUGAUGGGAGGCUACUUGACCUUAACUAAACCCACGCUAGAUUUAUUUGGAAAGAGUCCUGAGCUGCUCCAGAAGUUGACGGAGUGCAGUGAGGGGAACCUCUCCACAACGGACCUCCUAGUAGUGCUCUUCUGCCUCCCAAUGCUUCAUCUCCAGGAGUACGGACGACUGCUGCUCAAACUGGCCACCUGCUUUGAAGUAUGCUCCAACGACUACCAACGACUGCAAGACAGCUGCUCCAAGUUUGAAGCUUUGGAUCUUGUGCUGAAGAAAAAGAGGAAGGAAGCUGAAUACACAUUUCUCUUCUGGAAAGGCUUCCCUGGCAAGAUGACGGACUCUCUACGAAAGGCUCACCGCCGCCUCAUCUGCGAGAGCAGCAACAAAGCUCUGACGCUGCAGAACGCUGGAAGGUUCUCUGUCAACUGGUUCAUCCUUUUUAAUGAUGCUCUUGUUCAUGCACAGGGCAUGGCACCUUGUAAAAACCUGUUCUCCACCCAUCAUGUCUUCCCCUUGGCCACGCUGUGGGUGGAGCCUGUUCCGGAGGACAACACUGGCCUGAGUUACGGACUGAAGCUGAUCACACCAGAAGAAAUGUUCACCUUGUUAGCGAGUUCCGCCUUGGAGAAGGCGAAGUGGAUCCGCUGCAUCAACCAAGCAGUGGCUCAGGCCCUCGGCUUAGGUGAGGGACAAAAGUUUGAGCCUCCCAUUUGUAGGAGUUCCACCUACACGUUUUACAAGGACGGACGGCUAAAAGAGGCCACGUAUGAAGGCCGCUGGCUGGCCGGAAAGCCCCACGGAAGAGGCAUGAUAAAAUGGCCUGAUGGGAGGAUUUACACAGGGUCAUUUAAAAAUGGACAGGAGGAUGGUUUUGGUGAAUUUGUGGCUCCAAACAAGACCCUGAACAAAAACGAUCACUAUCAAGGUCACUGGAAGGAUGGUAAAAUGCACGGUGUGGGUACUUACAGAUAUGCCAACACAGAGGUCUAUGAAGGAUCUUACCAGGACGGCUUGCGCCACGGCCAUGGGAUGUUGCGCAGUGGCAAACUCAACACCUCCUCACCCAGCGUAUUCAUUGGCCAGUGGGUACACGACAAGAAGACUGGCUAUGGUGUCUUUGACGACAUCACCAAAGGCGAGAAGUACAUUGGUAUGUGGCAGGACAACAUGCGGCAAGGCACCGGCGUCGUCGUCACGCAGUUCGGCCUUUACUACGAAGGAUCCUUCAAAGACAAUAAGAUGAUGGGCAAUGGAAUCCUUCUGUCUGAGGACGAUACAACAUACGAGGGAGAGUUCUCUGAUGACUGGACCCUUAAUGGCAAGGGAGUGCUGACGAUGGCCAAUGGCGAUUACCUGGAGGGAUCCUUCAGUGGUGAAUGGGGCGCUGGUCCCAAAGUAACUGGCUCCUACUUUAAGCCGCAUCUGUUUGAAACUGACAAGGACAAGAUUCAAUCUGUGAAGCUGGGCCGUCUGUGUGUGAGCGCUGAGGAGAAGUGGCAGGCUGUGUUUGACGAGUGUUGGUGCCAACUCGGCUGUGAGUCGCCUGGCCAAGGAGACAUCCGCAAGGCAUGGGACAAUAUUGCAGUGGCCCUCACUACCAACCGACGACACAUUCUGGACAGUCCAGAACGUCUGUCUCGAAGUCAUAGCAGAACUCUGGAGAGUUUAGAGGUUAUCCCUCAGCAUGUAGGCCUCAUUACAAUGGAGCGAUAUCACACUAUCCAUCGUUACCUCAUGAAGGCAUGUGACACACCACUUCACCCACUAGGCAGGCUCGUGGAAGCCUUGGUGGCAGUCUACAGGAUGACGUAUGUUGGGGUUGGCGCCAACCGUCGACUCCUGCCCCAGGCUGUCAUUGAGUUGAAAUCUUAUCUUAACCGAAUCUUCCAGGUUGUAAGAUUUCUGUUCCCAGACUUGCCAGAAGAUGGCGGUAUAAUUCGCGAGCCAGUCGACCUUCAGGAGAAGGAGUCGGACGUCAAAGGUGAAAGGUUGUCUGAACAAGAAGCCUCCAAACAGAAUCAGACCCUGAAGAUGGAGUGGUCCUACCGCAGCCACAUGGUGAGCAGCUUGGCCCUGCUGCUCCCUGUCCUGUUGCCCCGCCUGUACCCGCCACUCUUCACCCUCUACGCGCUUGACAAGGAGCGAGAAGACGAUGUCUACUGGGAGUGUGUCCUCCGCCUCAACAAGCAGCCUGAUUUGGCCUUGCUUGCCUUUCUGGGAGUCCAGCAGAAGUUUUGGCCUCUUUCAGUCUCCAUGCCAGCACCAGCGGAACAUCUGCAGGUUCUGUCGACAACCAAGGAUAUUUGCUUUGCUUCUGCAGUAGAAACACUGCAACAAAUAAGCACAACGUUCACCCCAUCAGACAAGCUGCAUGUGAUCCAGCUGACCUUUGAGGAGAUCACAAAAGAAGUGCAGUCCCUGCUCAAACAGGACUUUCUAUGGUCCAUGGAUGACCUAUUUCCUGUUUUCCUCUAUGUUGUGUUGCGUGCUCGAAUCAGGAACCUUGGAUCAGAGGUCAACCUGAUCGAAGAUCUGAUGGACCCCUGCAUCCAGCAUGGAGAGCACGGAAUCAUGUUCACCACUCUGAAGGCCUGUUACUACCAGAUCCAGCAUGAGAGGAUCACUUAAUGCAGCAGCAACAGCAGCUUCGUUCACUGACACGUGCGCUGUGACUCCUCCCCCGUCACCAGACUGUCACGGGGGCUCAGCUGAAAUCGCUAAGUGCUCCAUCUGCUGCUGACAUUUAUAGGAGACCACCUUCCCCCCCUUUGUGACUGCGAGCGGCUGCCGGUGUUGUAACCGCCAUAUCCACCUCUUCAAACUGUCACCUGUCUUGACAGUUUCCUGGGUUAAAUCCAGAGGUGCGCAGCAUUGUCACCAAGGAGGACAAUUGAGAGUGCCCAACACAACAGUAAUUGCUCUUCUCUUGUGUCAAAAGACAUGAUUCAACCUACAGACUCUCAGUGGGAUAUUUGCCGGCUUUCAAACAAUUCAAGCCAUAUUUCUAACCAAACGGUGCUUUAUAUACCAAACAGUGGUUGAAAGCAUACUGAAGUUUACACAACUGACUCACAUCUCGUGCAUGCAAGUGGUGCUGAAGCUGCAUUUACUGCUCGGCUCCAGUUCUCACAAUGGUCUUUUUCGAAGCAUUCACUGCACAGAUUGUUUAGUCAUUGUGUUGUGCAUCGCGGCUUUGUCCUAAAAGAGCUUGAGAGGGAUUAUUUUGUGUUCUCCAAUGAUUUAACCAUGGAAGUGAUUUCGGCCACUGCUGGGACCUUCCCGUAAAUGACACUAAAAAUGCAAUUUUUACUCAGUUCACAUCUUUUUCAACUUGCCGGAUAAGCUGUGUACAGACUUGAAUACAAAAUGUCUACACACCGCUACUCAUAUGCCAGGUUUUUGCGGUCUGAAGAAAAAAAAAAUACUAGAGGCAUCAUGAUUAAUCACUUUAAAAUGUUUCCACCGUAAAUGGACCUCUAACCUGUACAGCCCAUUUGGAAAUUUUGUUUUAAUCUAUUUCAAGAGGAGAAUUCAAAAUAACUGAAAUAAUGUGGUUCCACAAUUGUGCAUACCCUCUUAUAAUUGUGUAUGUGGCUAUGUUCAGAAUUAAGCAGUCACAUUUAAACUCAUGUUGAAUGGGAAUACAAUACAAUACAAUACAAUACAAUACAAUACAAUACAUGCUGAUUUAUAUAGCGCUUUCACAACAGCGGCAGCUGUAACAAAGCGCUUUGCAAAACAGUUAACAUAAAGUAAAAUAAUAAACACAACACAUAACAUAAAACAUGGACAGUCAUGCAGUUCUAACCACUUUUCCAUCACACACUUUGUUGUUUGAAGCAGUUUGAGAUGAAAGAGAGAAUCAAAGUGUCCUUUAACCAGUGGAUCAGAGACAUCAUGCUCAAAAUGUGCACACGUCGGCUACAAGCUAAGUUUCAAAGUCAACAAGAAGCUGUAGCGUCCAUUGACGAAAAAAGAGAUUGGUUCACUUCUCCUGUCCCAUGGAAAUCCAUUUCAAUUCCAAGCGGCGACUCACGGUUCCAAAUACGCAUCGGCGCUCUUCGCCAACGCUCCUCUCUCCUCAUCCUCAACUUCAGCGGCCAUCCAUCCAGCCGCACCAACGCCAACUGUCCAACAGCGCUGACAUAGCCACUGAACAAAUCGGGGUUGUGAAAAAUGCUGCCCAUUACUGGCGCAAAAAACACAAGCGCCCCAGGUCUGUCCAGCACCGACAGUCAAUGGCGCCGACAUUCCUCCCAAUCAAAAUCUGUGCUGGUACAGGCGUGCUGCCGAGAAGGCGCAACCACCAAGCACAGAUACUGCUCCUUUGACGAAUGUCGUGGCCAAAAAGCGCUGAAAACAGUUCAUAUCAGGUCCACACAAUGAAACAACAUGUGACAAAACAAAAGACAAAAACAGCAAAAAAGAACAAAAAAGCAAGGCUCUUGAAUAGCACUUGCCGAAGGCUGCCUACUCAGGCGCCAUCUUGGGGGGGAAAAAAAAUCAAUCAAGAAUCAGCACAUACCUGCUACAAUUUAACGUGCUUCCUAUUAAACCCAAAGCUCAGAUGUUUUAGCAAGUUUUCCUGACAUUUGUUGUUACUUCGGAGCAGAAACCGAAAGGUUUUAUGUAAAUACAGUUUUUUUAUUGUUAACUAUUCCCUCCAUUUUGUCCCCCAGUUUCAACUCAAGAAAAACAUCAGAGCAUGACGGAGGGAUGUUGUCUUUGUACCAAAUAUACUUUUUAAAUUUUGGCGAUAACUGGCUUGUUAUUCAAAUUAUUAACAUCGGUUCAUUCUUGAGCAGGAGCAAACGUUCCGAUUCAGCUUUUAUCUGAAAGCGUAACACAAUAUCUUGUUCAAUAAGAGUGGCUAAAACUUUAUUUUCAAUUGCAAAUUCAGGGUCCUGCUGUGUUAUAAUUGGCAGCUGUUUCUAGACUCAUUUGCUACAGAACGGUGUCCAUAAGAAAUUUCUCCUACAGAAACACAUUCUUUUUUUUAUUGAAGGGA